AUAAAAACCACCCAACUUCUCCUCUUUUAUCAACAACACUCUCAUUUCAAACUUCCAAUAUUAACCAUUUUAAAACAAACUCCCAUCUCCUCUGUUACACACCCUUGCUUCUAUCUCACUGAGCACACAUCUUCUCCAUAUUUUUCAACCUUCAAAAAUGGACGGGAAGAAGCUAAGUUGGACAGUAGCUGAUGCUGUGGAUUACAAAGGUUUUCCAGCAGAUAAAUCUAAGACUGGUGGUUGGAUUCCUGCUGCUCUUAUUUUAGGUAUUGAAAUAUGUGAAAGGCUAUCAACAAUGGGCAUAGCAGUGAAUCUUGUGACUUACUUGGGUGGGGUAAUGCAUUUGCCCAGUGCAGCUUCAGCCAACAUUGUUACAGAUUUCAUGGGAACUUGCUUUCUCCUCUGUUUGCUUGGUGGUUUUCUUGCUGAUUCUUUCCUUGGUCGAUAUUACACUAUUCUCAUCUCUGCCCUCAUUCAAACACUGGGGACUGCUGCACUUGCAGUUUCAACAAAACUACCACAGCUUCGUCCUCCACCAUGCGAUGGCACCAAAACCUGCAAGGAAGCAAAUGGAUUUCAAAUGGGAAUUUUGUAUCUAGCUCUGUAUCUCAUUGCUUUAGGGACUGGUGGCUUAAAAUCAAGCAUUUCGGGUUUUGGAACUGAUCAGUUUGAUGAUACAGAUGAGAAAGAAAAGGCUAAGAUGGCCUAUUUCUUUAACAGAUUCUUCUUCUUUAUCAGCACUGGAACUUUGAUGGCUGUCACGGUGUUGGUUUAUAUUCAAGAUGAAGUGGGUCGAAGUUGGGCGUACGGGAUUUGUUCCGUCUCGAUGCUUGGCGCGAUUUUGUUAUUCCUUUCGGGGACUAAGAGGUACAGAUACAAGAAGAGCAUGGGGAGCCCUGUAGUUCAUAUUUUACAAGUCAUUGCUGCUGCAAUCAAGAAGAGAAAAUUGGAGCUUCCUCAGAAUGUUGGUUUGCUUUAUGAGGAUUCUCCUGAUCAAGCUUCACGAAUUGAGCACACAAAACAAUUCCAAUUCUUGGACAAGGCUGCAAUUGUUGCAGAAGGCGAUUUCGAGAAACACGGUGCUGUUUCAGCUCUAAAUCCAUGGAAGCUAAGCUCAGUGACGAGAGUGGAGGAGGUGAAAAUGAUGGCAAGAUUGCUGCCAAUAUGGGCCACAACCAUUAUCUUCUGGACUACAUAUGCCCAAAUGAUCACAUUCUCAGUUCAACAAGCAUCCACAAUGGAAAGAUCAAUUGGAUCUUUCCAGAUUCCAGCAGGCUCUCUCACUGUCUUCUUUGUAGCAGCCAUAUUAAUAACUUUGGGUGUUUAUGAUCGUCUUAUCAUGCCUCUUUGGAAGAAAUGGAAAGGAAAACAAGGUUUCACAAACAUACAAAGAAUGGCCAUAGGCCUUGUCCUAUCAAUACUUGGAAUGGCAGCAGCGGCACUGGCUGAGAGUAAAAGGCUGGGAGUGGCAAAAGCAGUCGGCGGCGACACAACUACCCUACCGAUAAGUGUGUUCUUAUUGAUCCCACAAUUUUUCUUGGUGGGGGCAGGUGAAGCCUUCAUAUACACAGGGCAACUUGAUUUCUUCAUAACCAAAUCCCCCAAAGGGAUGAAAACUAUGAGUACCGGUCUCUUCCUCUCAACACUAUCCCUCGGGUUUUUCAUCAGUAGUUUCUUGGUUUCAGUUGUGAAAAGGGUGACAGGAAACGAUGGAGAAGGUUGGCUUGCAGACAAUGUAAAUUACGGCAGACUUGACUGCUUCUAUGGACUAUUGACCAUACUAAGCAUCAUAAACUUUGUUGCUUUUCUGGUAUGUGUUAUAUGGUACAUGCCACAAAAACGCAAAGACUUCCAAAAGAAUGGCAUAGUCAAUGGCAACUUGGCUGAAGAGAAAUGCUAAUGGGAAGUAUAGAAGAAAAACAAACCAAAGUGUUGUGUAAUGUUUUGACUUUCCUUUCGAUUUUCCCCUGCAUUCUAAAUUAUCAGCUGAAGUUUGGAUUGAGAGUGUAAGAUGCUUUAUGUAUAAAGUAUUACCAGUUUCACUCAUCACUACCACAAAUCUCAUUCUUUAGCAA